UUAACAGUACAUCUAGCUUCUUCAGGCAAAAGAGACUUGGCACUUUCAGGAUGAAGUACCGCUUUCCUUUCAAUUGUUUGGUGGUCUUAGUGAUUUGUGUGUUCGUGGAGGUCGUGUUCAGUGAAAACUGCAUCAAUGACGGAUUAUCGUGUGCGUCACUUAAUUGCACGGUGGGAAACGUGCCAGUGUGUGAAACGCAAAUCUGCACGUGUGGCCCGAAACCAAAUCCUGGAGAAUGCUAUACAUUAGCGGAUUGCGAUAGCUACUGGCUGACCCAUCACUGCUCCAACAAACACCGAAGCUGUUCACCAUUAGGGUUCUGUCAAUGUACCCAUGGGAACCAAGGCUAAAACAUUCAGCUGAAAGAAAAAUGAUGAAGAUACAUCUAAAUGGAAAAAGCCCCCUCAGAUGUAGACAAUUGCCAAUAAAUAAAAAAACACUUA